CCUCAAGUUGCGGCGUUCGCCCUACCUCGAUGAAAGCCAUUUUCAGAGUUCCUUCCAGCAUGUUCGACAUUCUGCGUGGGGCAAUGUACUGCUUCGCAUACAAGCACCUAAAGCCAGGCGCCGCUUCAAUUGCCUCUUGGUCCCGCGCUGUGCUGUGGCGGACGGCAUAGGACCAUGACUCGGCCAAAGGGGUUUCGGGCUCUGCUCUCUGUCUCGACAAUCCCUCAGCGGCUUCAUCAAGCGUUGUCGGAUUUCAGAAUUUUUAGGUAUCCCAUGGGUCAGCAUCUGUGUGUCGCGCAGAACACUUACCUCAAGGACGCCCGGGUCCAACAAAGCAGCAACAAAAGCCAAGGGGAGAUGGAAAAGGAUCGCGGUGAAGAUAUUCUGAUCACUCGUUACUCGUUGAAAGGCUCCUUCCUUCUGCCAGAGGCGUUUCUGCGAGAUGCGCGCAUAUCCCCCGUGCGACCCGAACUGUGACUGAUGCGAUACUGCGAAUCUGUAACCAAGUAGUAGCCACGGUUCAUUGAUAGACAGUCGUAGCUUGCAAGCC